UCUCGCAGGUGCAGGCACAAUGCUUAUGGAAUUAUUUCGUUUCUCUAUUUCGUCAACCGUGAAUUUAAUCAAAACAUAAAUGGCGGUCAAUCAGUACCAGCUCGAGAACCAAUGCGGUAGCAAUGAAUCUCCUUUUUGUUAGUCUACGUUCGUUCAUGUUUUUUUGUCUCCAUAAACACCUUGCAGUUUGCAAUGAGAAAAUUAACCUAUCCGAUAAUGCGUGGAGUAUAAACUGCUAUGGUUUAAAUAUAUCGAUCCCAGCCAAUGUUCCUGGCUCAGUAUAUACAGCUUUAAUAGAUAAUGAAAUCAUAAAAGAUCCGUAUUUUGGAAAAAGAGAUGAUACAUAUGCUUGGAUAGCAGAUAAAAGUUGGAGCUAUAGGACAGAAUUUAAAGUAAUUAGAAGUAACCUAAAGAAGCACUCAAGAAUAGUAUUUUAUGGUGUUGAUACAGUUGCAGAUAUAUUGUUAAAUAAAAAUUUGCUUGGUAAGACAGAUAACAUGUUCUCAACAUAUUCAUUCUACAUAACCCCUUAUCUUAAAGAAGAAAACUUCUUGGAAAUUCAUUUUACUUCACCAACAUUAUAUGCAAAAAAUAGAAGCGAGAAUUAUUAUCUCAAGCAUGGUUACAAUGUUCCACCACAAUUCCUUCCAAAAGUACAACAUGGAAGAAAUCAUCAGAAUUUUAUCAGAAAAGAACAAUGUUCAUUCAGUUGGGAUUGGGGUCCUUCCUUCCCAACAAUUGGAAUAUGGAAAGAUGUUGUUCUGGAAUUUGCUGAAGAAGUGGUACUGGAUGAUAUGCUUGUUCAUACAAUUUACCACAACGAUAAACAGAUUUGGAAUGUUAUGUUUGAAGUGACGAUGGAGAGUUACAUUGACGAAGAGAUGGUCUUUUCUUAUGGUUUUGAUGUUUUUAAACAAACUCAAAAAAUCAAAGUUAAAACUGGUGUACAGAAAAUUACAUUAGAUAUUAUGUCUAUUCCCAAAUACAUGAUAUCUUUGUGGUGGCCGAAUGGAUAUGGCAAUCAAACUUUAUAUAGAGCAUCAAUUGUUGUUAUUCAUCCCUAUAACCUCCACUCAGUAUGGAACGAUAAGAAAUUUGGAUUUAGGACAGUUGAACUUGUUCAAGAGCCGAUUGAACAUUCAAAUGGUUUAAGUUUUUACUUUAAGAUCAAUGGGCGUCCAAUAUUUCUCAAAGGAGCGAAUUGGAUCCCCGCUGAUGCUUUUCAAGAACGUGUAUCAUUCGUUGUGCUGGAGAAUUUAUUUAAAUCAUCAGUUGACGCGAAUAUAAACACUUUAAGAGUCUGGGGAGGAGGUGUAUAUGAACAGGAGCGUUUUUAUGAGUUAGCAGAUGAACUAGGGAUUGUGAUAUGGCAAGACCUUAUGUUUGCUGUAGCUUUGUACCCUGUCAACGAAAAAUUUCUGGAAAGUGUUCAGAAAGAAAUUAUAACACAGGUUCGACGGUUACAACACCACCCUUCUAUUAUUGCUUGGAGCGGAAAUAAUGAAAACGAGGCUGCUAUUGCGCAAACAUGGUGGGACGGAGUAAAAACCAACAGAAAACAACUUGUAAAGGACUAUGUAAAGCUAUACGUUGAAACCAUUGAGCCAAUCAUAAAACGUGAAGAUUGGACACGGCCGUUUAUCACAUCAUCGCCUUCAAAUGGUUUGGAAAGCAAAAAAGUUGGCUAUAUUGCGAAAGAUCCUCAAAAUCCCUUAUAUGGAGAUGUUCAUUUUUACGACUACGGAAACGAUUGUUGGAAUUCAAGCAUGUUUCCUAAUCCACGAUUUGCUUCGGAGUAUGGCUAUCAGUCCUAUCCAUCAUUCAUCACCAUGUCGCAGGUGGCUACAACAGAUGACUUAAAAUGGAACAGUUCACUAAUGUUUCACCGGCAGCACCACGCAAAUGGUAACGAAGAAAUGGAAAAUUUUAUAAAACUUCACUACAACCUACCGACCUUAUCCAACGAGCAACAGUACUUUUGGUAUAUGAUCUAUCUUUCACAAAUUGUCCAAGCUACAUGCGUCAAAUACGAAAGCGAACAUUACAGAAGACUUCAAGGAAAUUUAGUGAAUGGCACUGGGCACACUAUGGGUGCUCUCUACUGGCAGUUGAAUGAUAUUUGGCAGGCACCUUCUUGGUCGUCAAUAGAAUAUGGUGGGAGGUGGAAGAUGUUACAUUAUUACGCGCAACAAUUUUUCAAGCCUGUUUCCAUCACUGGCCAUGUAGAAAAUGGUAAACUGAAAGUUUAUCGUGUUACUGACCAUCCAAGUGAUGCACUAAAUUUGGUUCUUAGUGUCAAAGUGUAUAAAUGGGAUGAUUUUGAUGUGAUUUGGAUGAAAAAUGCGGAUGUUGUGGAAUCGGAAAAGGCUUCAAUGCUCAUCUUUGAAGACGACGUUGAAAGUUUGUGUAAUGAUUUAAAAUGUUUUGUUAAAUUACAACUGAGAUAUCAAAACAAAGAAGAUAUCAUAUCAGAGAGUGACGUUUUCUUGUCAUCAUUUUCAAAAUUAACGUUAAAUGAUCCAAAUAUAAAGAUUGUCUCGUUAAGUCAGUUGACGAAAUUAGAGUACAAAAUCAACUUGAAAUGUGAUUAUCCAGCUGCUUUUGUGUGGCUAGAAACAACAGUGGGAGGAAGGUUUUCUAAUAAUGGUUUUAUAAUGGCGGAACAAAACACAAGUGUUGUAUUUUAUGGAUGGAAGAAUUCUUUUGUAUCGGUUAAUACAUUGGCUUCAACUAUCAAAGUAAUCUCGCUGUAUGAUGCUUACCGAAGUGACGUGUAAAAAGACGUGCCGUAAAAAAUAAAUUCGCUUACUAGUGCAAGAAAAUGUAGGCAUAGGUAUUACUAUAAAAUUUUGUUUGUAAAAUUUAUUUGUAUAUAAAAAAUAUAAAGCCAGUUCUUAAAUA